UUGAACGGACUUGCCAACUUAAUUCACUCGUAACCGACAUAACCUCAAUAAUGACAACCACUUAAAAAAACUUGAAAAACCCGUCGAAAACACAAAAAAGUAUGAAAAAGUAACACGGAGUCGUCAUCGUCAUCGUCACCGACGCAGUUGUGUCUCACGCGUGUAAUGAAGGUUAGGUGCGACAGCCCUUGAACCUUGGACUCUCAGUUGAAAAUGUCCCGUUUUAGAAACCUGACGGCUUUGAGGCACUUUUCUACCAAACAACGCACCUUCAAAGAAAUAAAAAUUCCAGUACCGUGGGGCCACGUUGCUGGAAAAUGGUGGGAGCCGUACGACAAGCGCCCCAUUUUGACUCUACACGGAUGGCAAGACAGUUGCGGGAGUUUCGACCGUCUGGUGCCCCUUCUUAAGGAUGACGUCGGAAUUGUGGCUAUAGAUCUACCAGGACAUGGGUACUCGUCGCGACUUCCGCCUGGAAUGUUCUACAACAACAUGAACUACCCCAUUAUCAUCCAGCACAUCGCUAAUUAUCUCGAGUGGCCGAAAAUUUCGCUCAUGGGGCACUCGUUAGGGGCCAUCAGCUCAUUCAUCUAUACAAUUAUAUUUCCAGAAAAUGUGGAUUUUCUGAUUUGUAUUGAUGGGGUGAAACCACUGUAUAUGAAGAACAAUGGGCCUAGGAUGGCACUCGGGAUUCAAGAGUUGUUGAAAUAUGAUGAGUUAGGAAGGAGCAAAGAAGAGCCCCCCAGUUACCCGUUAGAAGUGAUAAAGAAAAGAAUGGCGGCUUUGAAUACUCAGAGUAUUAGUAUUGACCACUGCCACCAUAUUCUGAACCGGAAUAUAGCCCCAUCCAAAGCCGAUCCCGACAAGUACUAUUUUACAAGAGACCCACGCUUGAAGGCUAGGUUUAUCUUCAACUGGGCACAAAAAGACAUGUUAGAGGGCGCAUACCGGGUUAUUUGUCCCAUGCUUAUGAUCAAGUUUACCGAAAGUGGAUACUACGAAGACAAACAAAAUUUCUACGAGUUGUUGGAUGCAUUGAAGAAAACUUCCAAAGAUGCGCAAUAUCAUUACGUCGAUGGAUCCCACCACACGCAUUUAAAUAAUCCAGAGUCUGUGAAAGACUUGAUCAAUAAUUUUUUGGAAACUUACAACAUUGAAGACCGAAAAAUAGGGGGUAUUAAAAGUGAUAUUAUAUGUUAACGUGUUUACUAAAAUAUUUUUACAAGUUAAUAAUAAAUCAUAGAUUUUUGUUGCUUAAA